AUGAAGAAUAAAUUCUUUCUAAAAAGAUUUUUAAAUAUAGAAAAAAGAUUUUUUUUCAAUACCCAUCAAAUAAAUCAAGUUAAUAAAGUUAUAUUUGAAUAUUUUUAUAUAGAACAAAAAAUAUAUAAGAUCAUUGAUCAAAAUGAAAUAAGAAAUAUAUUGUUUUUGGAUAAAAGUAACCAACAAUUAAAUGAGGACACUCUUAUAAAGAAGCAAAAUUUAGAUGAAGAAAAUUUUAUAAAUGCGCAAAAGGUGGAAGACAUUAUAAAUAACAAAACAUUUAAUGAUAAUUUAAAACAUAUAAUAAAUAAGCAUAUUAGUAAUUAUGUAAAUAACAGUAAAUAUUUUACUCAUUUGUGUACUUUUUAUAUAUAUAAUAAUGAAAAAAAAAAGUUUCUUGAGUUGAUGAAAAAAUUUAACGAUUACUGUUUUGGUUAUGAGGAUUUAUUUAUACUAUUUUAUUUAAUUUGCAAAAUAAAUUAUAAAGAUAUGCAUAUAAUUAAAAAUAUAUUGAGUGUUUUUGAAAUUUAUUAUUAUCAAAUUAAUAACUCUUUUACAUAUUCCAUUUCUAAUUUAUUUUUUUAUCCAUACAAUAAUUUAUACACAGCAAUUAAUAAUUUGCCAUUACUUUAUAAAAUAAAAUUAAUUAAUGUUGAUAAACAUUAUUUUGAAAAAAAUAAUAUUUUACAAGAAUAUAUAGUCAAAAGAGUUUAUGAAGAAAAGAAGGAAAAGGAUUUAACUAAUGAAUUUAAUAGUAACAACGAUACUAAGAAAAAUAGUUUUAACAAUGAGAAUAACAUAAAUAUAGAAAGAAAGGAAAAUAACGAAAAUUUUGAUAAUAGUUACAUAAAAAAUGAAAAUUUUAAUGAAAUGUAUAAAAACGAAAACGUAAAAUAUGAAAAGAAAGAAAAUUUUUUGAGAAAAGUAGAAGAAACUGAAUCUGAAAAUAUUUUAGAAAAUUUGCAGGAUGUAGAUAUGGAAAAGUAUGAAAAAAUGAUAUCAAAAGAUAGCGUUAAAUUUAUUAAUAUGAAUAUUAAAAAUGAAAAAAAGAAUAUUAAGAUGAAAGAAAGGAAGUAUAUAGGCUUAAAAUUAAAAAGUAAUUUAUUAAUGCAAAUAAAAAAUGAGGUAAAAAAAAAAAAAAAAGAUGCAAUUUCUUUUGAGUUAAAAGAGGUAUUAACUAUGUUUAUUCAUGAUAAAGAGUUAUAUGAAAAGAAUUAUUAUAUAAAAGAUUUUGUCAAUACAUUAAUAAAUUAUUUUAUAAAAGAUAAUAAUAUUUUGUCAAAUAAUUUUUUAAUCCUUCUUGUGUUUAUGCAAAAAACAAACUAUUAUUAUAACAAAAAAUUAAACAAUAACAUUGAAAAUAUAUUAACCAAUUACAUAAAAAGUAUGAAUUUAUAUGAACAAGAUAUAUAUAAUUUCAUAAAUAAAAAAAUUAUAUCUCUACAGAAUAGUGUGGUAAAUGAAAAUAAAGAAAAUGAAAAAAGUUACAAUAUAUUAGACUUCCUGUAUGAUCAAAAAUACACUUAUAAUUUUAUGUUGUUUGAAGAUAAUAUAUUUUAUGAAAAUAAAAUUCAAUAUUUAACCAAUAAAUUAUUAAAAAAUUACUUUUUUCUUAUAUGCUAUUUACUGAGAUUGCCAUUCUUAAAGCUAUAUAUUUUGAGAUCAUAUAUGAAUUCCUUUAAUAUGUUUAUAAAUAUCUUUAUAAAUAAUAAAAAUAUUUUUUCAUAUUUUGAUAUUAAAGAGAUUUCUUUUAUUUGCACAUGUUUUUUAAAAAAAGGUAUUAUUGAUGUAAACAUAAUUAACAAAUUUUUUUUUUUAUUAAAUUAUAAAAUUAUCGAUUUCGAAAAAUUGUUUCAGAAGAGUGAUAAUAUAGAUAUCAACCAUAAAAAGAAUGAAGAAGUUAAUAAAAAUAUUCCUUUUAACAUUAAUGAUAUUCUUAUUUUCCUUCAUUUUUUAUACUUUUUUAAUUUAAAAUUUUAUGACCUAUAUAAAAGUCUUAUUAUUAUAUGCUUCAACUAUUUUCACAUUCUAAAUACUACACAAAAAUUGAUAUUUUUUAAUAGUGUAGAAGGGAUAAGAAAAAAGAAUAACAGAAGUGAACAGCAUAUAUUUGAUUAUUUUAUGUAUGAUCGGAAUUUACAACUUUUUUUAAAUCAAAAUAAAAACAUUCAAAAAGAUUCUUUAGGCUUUUUGUUUAUUAAUUAA